AUGGAGAAGAUCACUGACAAGAUUGCGGCAUUGCCGCCAGACGAGAAUUACUUUUCUCUCGAGUUCUUCCCUCCCAAAACGCAGAUGGGCUUCGCCAAUCUACAGGCUCGUUUAGAGCGCAUGGCACAAGCGCUACGUCCCUUGUUCGUUACUGUCACUUGGGGUGCCGGUGGAAGUACUGCUGCCAGGUCGCUGGAGCUGGCAGAAAUCUGCCAGCGUCAAUUGCAGUUGACAACAUGCCUUCAUUUAACAUGCACGAAUAUGAGUCGAGGGUUGAUCGACAAGGCCUUGGAGGAGGCGAAGGUCCUCGGAAUCCGAAACAUCCUGGCGCUUCGCGGUGACCCGCCACGCAGUGAAGAGUACAACAUGCACGGAGAAGACGAUAGUAACAAAGACUUCACGUUCGCGGUGGACUUGGUACGAUACAUUCGCAAGAAGUACGGGGAUUACUUCUGCCUGGGCGUCGCUGCAUAUCCUGAGGGGCACCCGGUCGAUUCUUACCAGGACGUACAGGAUCCGGUCAGGGAUCUACCGUAUCUGGUCGAGAAGACCCAGGCCGGUGCGGACUUCAUCAUGACUCAGUUGACAUACGACAUCGAUGCCUACACAAAGUUUGAGAAAAUGCUACGAAACCACGAGUCCGGUGCCUUUAAAACAAUCCCAAUUAUCCCUGGGUUGAUGCCUAUUCACAGCUACAAGAUUCUGACAAGAACCACGAAACUGAGCCAUGUCCGGAUUCCGCCGCCGAUCAUGUCGAAACUGGAAGCAGUGAAACACGAUGACGAUGCUGUGAAGCGCAUCGGCGUUGAUGCUCUAAGUGAUUUAGUGGAGGCUAUCCGGAAGAUACCCUGCCCUGGGUUUAGAGGCUUCCACUUUUACACGCUGAACCUUGAAAAGACAGUUUCUUUUAUCAUCGAACGAUGUGGUUUGAUACCUGAUGAUCCUGAAGACUCUGAUGCUGUUGCAGACGACGAUUACGCCACUGCUCCCACUGGAGUUCAGAUUCGUUCUCUAUACCGGCGCAGGGCUUCCUCCAUCAACUCACAGCCACAUAACCGUGUCAUUGUCGACAGGUUACAGAUGCCCUCUGAUAACUCAUCGAGAGCGUCGACUACACAUGAGGCGCCCGCCACUAGUGCGGGAAUGCCUGCGAUGCCCCCAGAUCGCAACACAACGCUCCAGAUUUCGGAGGGUCUUGGAGCGCUCGGCAGAGAAGCAACGUGGGACGAUUUCCCUAACGGUCGUUGGGGCGACGCUCGCUCGCCGGCUUUCGGAGAGAUUGAUGGGUACGGUCCUUCGCUACACGUUUCGGCCACAGUCGCCCGGCGCAUUUGGGGCUAUCCUAUGUCACGCGAAGACAUAAGUACACUAUUCCGUCGCCAUGUCUCUGGCGACCUCUAUAUCGUUCCCUGGUCCGAAGGAGGGGCCGAAGAGAACAGCAGUGGCUUGAAUGCUGAGACAGCAGUCAUCCGACCCGAGUUACUGAAGCUCAUUGACGGCAAAGGCUGGUGGACUCUGGCGUCCCAGCCGGCUGUCAAUGGCGUCCGAAGCGACGAUCCAACCUUUGGGUGGGGUCCUCCGGGUGAGGGCUUCGUCUUUCAGAAGCCAUUCGUUGAAUUCUUCUGUCCUACCAAAGACUUCCAGACGGUGCUCAAACCACUCUUCGCAAAGCACGGCCAUGAGAAGCUCGCAUGGUUUGCAACCAACGCGAAGGGCGAAUUCGAUUCCUCUCUUCCCGCCAACCCUGCCGAUGCCGAUACCAUCGAGAUGAAUCCUAACAACGUCAACGCUGUGACGUGGGGUGUCUUCCGUGGCAAGGAAAUAGUCACUCCAACCAUCAUUGAAGAAGUGAGCUUUAGGGCCUGGGGCGAAGAGGCGUACCGUAUCUGGGAUGAGUGGCGCCGGAUCUAUCCCCGUGGUACCCCGAGUGAGCGCUUCCUUGACGAAGUCAAGAACGAUGUUUGGCUUGUGUGUGUCGUGGGGCAGGACUUUGGAGCCGGUACAGAAAACGGAUCGGAAGAAGAACAGCACGAGACCAAGUGGAUGUGGGAUGUGUUGAUCAACAGCCAGUGA